ACGUAUAUAUUCCUACAUCCGCGGGGACAGGCCCACGCAUUGCCUUGUCUCCAUCCUGCCCACCGUCCCGGUCAGCAUACAGGAAUGGCCAUCUUCCAGAGCCUCGGUGCUGCAGCACUGCUGUAUAGUAAUAUUGCGACCGCAGCUGUCACCUCGACCGGAUUUACUGUUGAGCUGGGGGAUAUAUCGUAUUUCCUUCCGCCCAAGUCGGUUGCUACAAUCGAUGUCACCCAGUGCAAGCAGUUGUUCGGCACCGAGUCAUUUGUGCCCAUAACUGUCGUUCAAUGCGCCGAGUGCCACGAGAGUGACAUUGCUUCUGCCGCCGCGAAGUACUCACAGGAGGACGAUGUUUUUCAAGAUGGAUUCUUGGAAGCUAUAUACACCCAAGGGUCAACAAACAGCGAGUCCUACCAGAUCCGUAACGUUUCAGCUACCGCUAUCACCGGAGAAGCGAAACUAGCACCAGGUCCCUACUUCUUGAAUGCUCUUGGCCAAAUCUAUGAAGCCUGGAGGCUGUAUGCCGACACUACGGGCGCCUUCACUGAGUCCUGCAUCGCCAGUGGCAAAGACGACGGCUCGUACUCAGUUCUUCCAGCCGGUGUGGUGGGCCAAAAGUCUGCUAUUGCCGUUCCAUCUCGUUUGUAUCACCAGGCGACUGAGGAGAAGCCAUUGGCUGGUGUUCGUAUUGGUAUCAAGGAUAUCUACGAUAUCAAGGGACUCCGCACUUCGAAUGGAAACCGCGCCUGGUAUUGGCUGUACCCGCCUGCUGAGAACACUGCCACGCCCGUACAGCGGCUGAUUGAAGCUGGAGCAAUCAUUGUUGGGAAGAUGAUCACAUCUCAAUUUGCAAAUGGUGAAGUGGCCACAGCAGAUUGGGUUGACUACCACGAGGCUUUUAAUCCGCGAGGUGAUGGAUAUCAAGACACGUCUUCCAGUUCAUCAGGUGGUGGUGCUGGUACUGCUGCGUACGAAUGGCUAGAUGUAGCUCUUGGAUCAGACACUGGAGGUAGCGUUCGCGGUCCAGCCCAAGUCCAGGGAUUGUACGGAAACCGCCCAUCUCAUGGCCUGGUAUCGCUCGAGCACACGAUGCCACUGAGCCCCACACUCGACACGGCGGGUCUCAUCGCGAAAGACCCUCUGAUCUGGAAGAAGACAGCAGAGGUCAUGUACAAAGGCAACAUUACAAUCUCCACCUCAUACCCUACCAAAAUUAGCACAGUGUCAUGGCCAACCGCCCCCAAUACCGUCGGAAACACCCUGCUUAUCGAGUUCUUGAAUAACGUGACCUCCUUCCUCAAUGCCACCACAUCCCCCUUCAAUAUUUCCACCGCAUGGUCCACCGACAACCCAACCGCCACCCCCCUCGAGCAGCUCCUCAACAUAACCUACACAACGCUGAUAACGCAGGAGCAAGUCCCGCUCGUCCGUGAUCCCUUCUACGUCGACUACGCCGCAGCACACUCAGGGCGCCGCCCCUUCGUCAAUCCUGUCCCCCUCCUCCGCUGGGCAUGGGGUGAAUCAACCACCGCCACCCUCCCCGAAGCCCACGCCAAUAAAACCGCUUUCAUGUCCUGGAUCAACUCUACCGUCCUCGCACCCGUGGACUCGACCUGCUCAGACUCCCUCCUAAUGUACGUCGGCAGCGACGGGAACUCGACCAAUUACCGCAACCUUUACCGCCCCCAGCCACGUCCACCUUUUGGCUUUGGCAAAGGUUCCAUUUCUGGGAUGUCCGACGCCCCUGAUUUUGUGGUUCCCAUUGGCGAAGCGCCGUAUAAUUCGACCAUCACUGGACAUGUGGAGUAUUUGCCUGUCACGGUGGAUUUCAUGGCCGCGAAGGGUUGCGAUGGUAUGUUGUAUGGGUUGAUUGCCGAUCUGUAUGCCCAUGGGCUUUUGAAGACGGCCAAGUCGGGGCAGAGUGGGAUCACGGGUGGUGAUGUAUUAUUCAAAAGAGGAGUGUAG